GGGCGCUUUGCAACAGCAAUCAUCAUAUUUCAGUGUUUGCAAUUCGUACAAUGCUGUUUGCAAGAAGAGGACCCCACCGGGCAGCGGCGCCGGGGCAGAGGAUCUGCUACUGAGGCGGAGAGCUUGGCUUUUCCCCCGGCAGAGGGAUAGCAGGACCGCACACCUGAGCACAGGUGCGUCAGCUGUCUCCAUCUGCCCCGAAUUGCAAUGGGCCGGAAAAAGAUCCAGAUUAGUCGGAUUUUGGACCAAAGGAAUCGGCAGGUCACGUUCACCAAGAGGAAGUUUGGGCUCAUGAAGAAGGCGUAUGAGCUCAGCGUCCUGUGCGACUGCGAGAUCGCCCUCAUCAUCUUCAACAGCGCCAACCGGCUCUUCCAGUACGCCAGCACAGACAUGGACAAAGUGCUUCUCAAGUACACAGAGUAUAGUGAGCCCCAUGAAAGCCGGACCAACGCCGACAUCCUGGAGACCCUGAAAAGGAAGGGCUUGGGCAUUGAAGGUCCCGACCUGGAUCUGGAAGAAGCUCUGGAGCCAGCGAGGAAACUGAGGCAACUCGGCGAGGGUGUGGACCUCACGCUGGCCCAACCCAAGCUCUGUUCUGCACCUUCCCUCUCCAGCCUGGAAGGGGGGUCGAUGAGGACUCCCCCCUCUGGGAGCGAAGGUGGGGCGGGCGGCUCCCGGGAGUCCCCUCACCAGCAGAGGCACCUGCCAGCCCUCCCCAAGCACGCCACCCCUCCAGUGCGGUCUCCAGCGCCCCUGGGAGCAGGGAUGGGCUACCCUCUCUUCUCCCACGGCAACCUGGGUCGGGCGUUGUCCAGCAAGCCCCCUCCUCCGCUUUACCUGGGGGCCGACCCCCAUCGAGGGGAAGGAGCCCUGUCUGCCGGCAGGAGCCACGUGGUGUCGGCCCGUUCCUUGUACCCUGGACUUCAGAGCACGACUCCCGCCUUGUCUGCAGGAAGCACCUGUCUCCCAGGGCACGGGCUGCCGGGCUACUACUCUCUCUCCUCUAGCCACCCAGAGUUUGCCCCUGGUGACGGACCUUCUUCGCAUGCCUUCGGCCUGCAGGCGAGCACAGUGUCCACUUGGCCGCACCGAGAGAUGUCCGUUGCCUCCCACCCAGUGCUGGGAGCAAUGGGUCGAAUCGGCGAUCAGCCUGCGCUGGUCUCUGGCUCGCCUCCCCUGCGCCCGCCCAUCAGUGUCAAGUCCGAACGGGCUUCUCCGACGGCCCCAUGUGUCUCGACUGGCCCCCAGGCCUCUCAGUGCGCCCGCCCUUCGCUCGCUGAUGUCCCCAUGGACCUACACUCCCGAGACGACUACGUCAAGGCUUACCAUUACUCUCUCCUCCUCUCCCGCCCUCUGGCAGACGAGCAGAGGCACCCCGGCGUCCCCACACGUCGCCCACAACCUGCUAUGGAUGAGUGGCAGAGAUAGUGGCAUGCUCAGCGUGUUCACAUGUACGGAUGGAGCCAGGGAGGGAGCAUGUGGUUGUGUGAAUGUGCGAGAGCAGGAUUUCUGUGGCCUUGAGCGUUCACAGGGAGUUUUCUCCAAGGAUUUGGGGGAGCAAACUAUCCCAAAUUUGGGGGAGCAGGCUAGUUUCUCACACGCACAAAAUGAAAACAGUGUCAGUGGGUUGUUUAGCCAAUGAUAGUCUACACAGAGUAAACCCAUUGGCAUUAGUACAAAUAAGUAAUUCAUGUCAUUUAAUUGCAAGGGGUUUCAGCCAAUAUUCAUCCUCCUCAGAACAGAUCCUUUGAAAUGAAUCGAUAUGCAUAGCUGUUAACGUUUCCCUUUUUUAAAAGGAAAUUCCCUUAUUCCGAAUAGGAUUCCUCGCAAGAAAAGGGAAAAGUCGACAGCUGUGUGAUAUGGCUCACUUUGUUCUGUUAAUUGCAGGGGUCAACUCUGAGUAGGAAGUCAUUGGAUGAAGCCCAGUGGAUUUACUCUGAGUAGCCUGGACAUUUUGCCUCUUAUCUCAGCUCCGGCAAAUGUUAGAAGCGUGCUCCCAAUUUUAAAAUGAAAGCUGGGGAUUUGGAGGUUGCAGUUCAUGGGGGGACGUCACUUCCCCUCCUUGCCCACCCCUCACGGGCACCCAUAAGUGGGGCAAUUUGGGAAAGCAACUGAAAGAAAAGAUGGGGUCGUUGUUUCCCCAUUGCCUGUCUCAUCUAAAUCUCCAGAGAUUUGGGAGGAAAGUCCCCCCUCGAAAAAAAAUAAAAAGGGAUUGACAGCAGAUUCCAGGAUUUAUAAAAGCAAAUUAUUUCACCCCGUUGUGUAUAAAUCACUUGCGGAAUUACUGGCAGCAAGCUCUGGCGAGGUCCCCUGGCGUAGAAAAAUGGUUGAGAGGAAAUCCACAAAGGAGAAGGACUAUCACUGGCAGCUAAAUGGAACCUCACUGUGCAAGGGCAGUAUACCUCAGAAUACAAUGGACGAUGCCUUUGGUAAGUUUUCUUGUUUUUGAGAUAAGAGGGAGAAGACCAGGGAGCCAGGAGGGGAAUCGUCGAACCAGGGCCAGUUUGCAACUCGGCGAAGAGAUUGCACCCGUCCCAAAA